GGUAAAGGUACUUAACAGGAUUAAUUCUUUCUUAUCGAUGAUUUUUAAGUUAACAGAUAGUUUAUUGAUGACAUUUAGAAAACCAUUUAUGCUGAGAUAAUAUCUAUGUAUACCUAAAGAGUACCUGCUUUUAUGGAGGGAAAACAGUUUUUAAUUUUAAAAACGCAGGGCGCAUCCAGUGACGGAACUAAUGAGUCGAUCAAGAGAAUCGUUUUCCAAUAUUCUUACUUAUACAAUUCUUUUAUGGACUAAAUGUUUUAAAUAACAUUGACGGCAUCGAGGGUUUAUCAAUCGAAUCAUCUAUCAGGAGUAUUCUUACAAAAGGAAGUGUAUUGAAAUCCGUGAAGGCAUUAGCGGGCUCUGAUUACAUCCGAUCUCCAAUGGAUUUGUAAAUCAUCAAAAUUGUGACAUAUAUCUCGGUUGCUGCACGAUUUUUAAUUACUUCUCAUUUUUCGUUGGGUUUGGACUCUAAUGCAUGUUCUAACAUCGAUUUGGAAGUCAGGCCAUAUUCAUAAAAAAGGGAAAUGUAAUACACUUCCACAAGCAUUUCUCCAUUUACUUUUUUCCCUUAAUGACAAAGACGUGGAUUUAGCUCUAAGUAGCUGAGGACAUUAAUAGAGAAAUAUAAAGACGCAGUAUAAGAUAUAUUGGGAUCGUUACCCUGGCAACAGUUACUAAUUGUAACAUAUUAUCGGAUUCCGAGUAAUGGAUCAGGAAAACGAAGACGAGUCGGGGAGGAUGCUAACAGUGGUUAAGGAUGCCACAGACACCAAAAAAUUCUACGAGACAACGGAAAGAAACAGACAAUAUGACGGCGUGGAAGGAAAAGAUGAAAAAGAUCUCCCGCCGGUGUUCAACAAAAGGCUGUUCGUCACUCAGGGAGCAGUCAUUAUCACAAAGGAAGCGAGGCGCAUCAUGACCCGAAAUGCUAGCUGCUCCCCGGAUGAAGAUCCAACUUUAUCUAAGUCAGAAAUGUUGACGAUGCGUUCAGUUGUUGAUGGAUUGAAGUUGAUUCACAAAGGACAGGAUUAUAUUAAAAAUGUCUUGUCUCGGUGUGUGACUUUGGAAACAUAUAAUGCAUUUCAAUAUGUUAAGAAAAAAUCUUGGGAGGACACGUUGUCUUGUUACUACAUAGUCCACGGUGCUGUGGAAGUGACGUAUGAUAUGUCUGCUGCUGGAAACUCCUCUUCUCGGAACGUUUAUCAACCAAAUAUCAUCUAUAGUCAUGGGACUGCGGAAUACCUCGGGAUUGUUAGUGCUGAGGGGCGUGACGAAGACAUCGCACCUCCUGCUACUGUGUAUACGAAGGAAUUGUGUGAAUUUAUUCGUAUAGACAGAGACAGAUUUCAUAGACUGAUUGAAAUUGAGGAAUCUUUAUUGAUGAACGAAAUAAAGCAAUAUUAUAAAUCAGGGUCUAGCAUUCUUUCAAUACUCUCCGAAGACGUACAAGCCAGAAUCCUUCCAAUGAUCCAAAAGCACGAGUACCCCCCAAAUAAAACACUGAUAGAACAAGGCGAGGAGACGGAAUAUCUUUACGUCAUGGUAUCUGGUCGUGUGCAGUGCUAUAGAGAGGUGUACAUCCCAGAGGCGGAUCGGAACAUUGUGUUCUAUAUCUGCUGCAGGGAGAAAGAUGACUAUUUUGGAGAGGAAGGUGUACUGGACCAUGAUGGUAGUUACUGUAGAAUCACAACCACUAGUCACACUAUCUGUUACAGGUUUCACAGAACUGCGCUAAAAGUGGUCAAUUUUGAGAAAUUGGAGCGAAUUCUCCAAGAGAACCGCCAUGAUUUUGUGGACGAGGACGAACUCCGAGAUCGGGGUUAUAAGAACCACAUCUGGAACAACUACAAACACAACAAAGUAAAAGAGUCCCUGAAAGAGAAAGGGAAGCUAAAGUACAUGUGUAAAAUGAGAGAGCACCCAGUAGCAGACAGGCCUCCGAGCGAAGAGGAGCAAAUGACGGAGAAUAUGUAUGGGUUUGUCCUCAAAGGAAGCAGCUUUGAUCCACCCAAAGUUCGAACUUUGUCUUGUCAUUCGAUGUCUCGACCCCACACCGCCCCGCACGUUCUCAUCAACGGGAAGUCGUCAGGGGCGGUGGGGGAUGACAGUGAAAGCGAUUCAGAUUCAGAGUCUUCCGAUGAAGAAACUAAAAAUAGACAACUCAUGACGUCAGAGUUAGCAAAAACCUUGGAUCAACUUUGCACAAAGAAAACUUCUUCAACAAAGAAGGGACGGAAAACGGAAGCAAAUUUAGAUGCCGACAAUAUCAUGAACAUCUUGGACGAUAACAGCGAAAUAGGACGCCAUUUAAAGAAGGCAUGGGAAACUCAAGAGGUCGAACAGCCGGAAAAAGACUCUUUUAUGAAAAAUGGAAUUCUUGCCAUAAUGGGAUCAGAUGAUAUUGUACGUAAAGCAAUGGCGAUGGCAGAAAAAGAAGUUUCGCAUCAGAGGCGGCGAAGAUCUACCAAAAAUGAAGAAGAAUGGAACACAGUAGUUCACGCAGAAAACAACCAGGCUAAGUUUCUGAUAGCUGCCAAUAAACUGAGGAUAAAUAUUCUACGUAAAAAUUUAGCGGCCAUUGAAAAGGAGCGGAAGUUAAACGUUCAAAAAAGAGUCCGCAUUAACAGGAAGCCGUACGUGACAAGUAUAAAAGAAAACGUACAGGAUACUAAAGCAGAACCAUUAAAAGAUAGUCCAAAGAAAAAGUUUUUUCCUGAUAGUUUAAACGGACCAAGUCGUAUAUUACAGGAAGAUGUAGAAAGAGAAGACAAAUCGAAUUUGUUUACCGCAAGAUCCCAGAAAAGAUGGAGGCCUUCCACAGUUAAUAACGAUACAAGCAUACAAAAUCAAGUAAAAAUCGGCAGACCAAGAAGUGCCAUAGUCACGCACAGAGAAGCAAUUGCAUAUAAUGACAAACAACAAAAAAUCAAAUACCAUGGAAAUAGUAGAAUUUUGUACAACAGUACUGCCAAUAUAUCUGCCGUCCCAGAUAAGGGAUCCCCUUCACGUCCAAACAGUUCUAGAAGUAUCAGAAGUCGGUUGUCAAGCUCAUAAUACACUAACAUAUUGUUAACUUAUCUUUGUUGAUAAAUAAAAACAUUCAUUACUAAA